AUGGAUCCUCAAUAUGCGCUCGCACAGUACAAGGCUGACAUGUACCAGCACGAAAUGGAAACGGGUGAGGAUGCUAUUGUAGUCGAACGUGACCAGUGGCUAAGCUGCAACCCGUGCCGCAGUUUCAAUAUCGGGUCGUUGCUGACGAUUCGUGCGCGUCAGCUAACCAAAAUCUCACACACGCAGAAUGUCAAUAUCUGUGAUGCGCCUGUCAAAGCUGUGGACAUGUUAAUGCAGGGGAAUAUGCAGCCAGUGGCCCCGAAGGAUGCGAAUGAACCGAUUCCUUUACACGGAGGAAAUUCGCGAUGCCUUCAUGAAACAAUUCGCUCUAGUAAGUUGCUUAUUUAUCUGACACUGGGUCACAAGAAACUCUACCUCACCGAUUUCAUGAAGAUUAUCUUACGUGUCAGUUGCCUGCAUUAUCCGCCCAAUACGCAGACGGUGGCUGAUGCCGUUCGUAGUCUUCAGGCGCUGCCGCUCAACCACGACGCAUUAGUGAUACAAUUCUGCGAGGUUUCAUCACGCGGGCGUCCGACCUUCAGUGGAGACACUCGAAAACGACGAGAUGACCCUGGAGUACGAGGCGAUCGCGCGGGAUUAAGAGAAGUCCUGGGCGACCGGGACGAAGGGAAACCCUGCGUUCUGAACGACGAACGCUCGGCAAACUAUACUCAGCUUCUUCCUCGAGCAAUGAAGGGGCGUUUGCAAAAAAAAACAUCAGGGCGCCUCAAGAGGGGCGCAAACAAAGCGGGAGGUCAAGCUGCCAACCAGCGGACGUCGCGUGAAAAUUCGAUUGAAGCGAAGGUGGCCCCGAUUGGCCUAAAAGCUGCCGAGCGCAGCGAGGCGGCCCAAAUCGGCACCUUCUGCAACCCUGCUGGCCUAUGGGCCCGCCUGAGCCACAAUCUGCCAGCCUACCAUGCGAGUAGUGAAGCGAGCCGUAGCGAGCGGAACGGAGGCAAAACACAAGGAACGACAUUCAUUCUUUCCCGCCGCGUAGCGGCGGCACUCGGCUAG